AGAGAGAGUGGUGCGGACAUCAGAACAAGACGUGCUAUGCUGAACAGAGAUGCUUUUGUAUGGUUUUCUUGCUGAAGAAUGUGUUUGAGUAUGGAUCAUAACGAGUUGGCCGCCCGAUCAUAAGGAUUGUCAAUUUGGGGAUCGUGUUUGGUUGUUUUUACAAUGGAAGACGGAGGACAAAGGCGCAGAUGGGAGUACUGCUGGGUUGCUCUGCGUUUCUCUCUGCUGCUCUGCUUGGGGGAGAUUUCAGCACAGAUAAGGUACUCUAUUCCAGAGGAGGUGAAAGAGGGAUCCGUUGUUGGAAAUGUUGCUAAGGAUUUGGGUCUUGACGUCCGUACUUUGGUGGAGAGACGGUUUCGUAUCGUUUCUGGAUCUAAGGACGCUCUUUUCCACGUAAAUCAGAACAAUGGCGUCUUGUAUGUUCAUGAAAAUAUCGACAGAGAGGAGCUCUGUGAUGGCAAUAAUGCAUGCUUGAUAAACCUCAAAUUCGCAGUUGAAAAUCCCCUUGAAAUACACUACGUCAGCGUAGAAAUAACGGAUAUAAACGAUCACUCUCCUAUUUUCCCCGAAAAAGAUCAGUAUCUAGAAAUGCCAGAAAAUACAUUUCCAGGUGCGCGAUUCGAACUCCAGACUGCGCGAGACGUAGACGUUGGACCCAAUUCUGUUCGUUUGUAUAAGUUAGGUCAAAAUGCACAUUUUGAACUACAGUUCAUUGAUAGUGGUGAAGGUGACAAAAUACCCUUUUUAAUUUUGCAGAAGCCAUUGGAUAGAGAGCAAAACACCAAACAUAUGCUAUUACUUACAGCGCUAGACGGAGGGAAUCCACCUAAGUCAGGCACCUUGAAUAUCACUGUUACUGUUCUUGAUGUAAAUGACAACCGUCCCAUCUGCACCCAAGACGAAUACUCAGUAACAUUGCCUGAGAACGCUCUAAAUGGAACUAUUGUCAUCAGAGUAAACGCCACAGAUGCUGACGAUGGCCAAAAUGGAGUAGUGGAAUACACACUAGGCAGAACUAUAAAGCGUAAAAUACAUGACAUCUUUGAAUUAGAUCACGUAACUGGUGAAAUUCAAGUCAAAGGCCAAGUGGAUUUUGAAGAAAAGGAGGUUUACAGGUUAAAUGUACAGGCGUCUGAUAAGGGACAACCUCCAACAAGUGUGGAUUGUAGAGUUAUUAUUAAAAUAGGAGAUGUUAAUGAUAACCAACCAGAAAUAGAUGUGACGUCCCUCUCGAACACGGUGUCUGAAGAUUCUAAACCAGGAACUGUUAUUUCUCUCAUUAGUGUAACAGACAAAGAUUCCGGGAUUAAUGGUAAAGUCAUUGCUAGUAUAUCUGAAGACAUGCCAUUUGAAUUAAAACCUUCAUUUCAGGAGAAUGUGUAUUCGAUCGUCACAAAGGGGCGCUUAGAUCGAGAACUCGUGUCCCAUUAUGACAUCACAAUAACAGCCACUGACUGUGGUCAGCCUCCUCUGUCCACAUUCAAAACUCUGAGCGUCCAGAUAUCAGAUGUGAACGAUAACAGUCCAGAAUUCUCCCAAAACCCCCUUGAGCUGUACUUAGUGGAAAAUAACGCCCUGGGUGCAUCCAUAUUCUCUGUGAGCGCCUCUGAUAAAGACUUGAAUGAAAACGCCGCGAUUUCAUAUCACAUAGUUAGAGGAGAAGGGACGCAGAAUGAUAUGACAUCUUUUCUGAAUAUCAAUUCUGAUAAUGGAGAUAUUUCCGCGCUGAAAAGCUUUGACUUCGAAAUCGUCAAAACGUUCCAAUUCCAAGUUGUAGCCACAGACUCUGGAAAUCCGCCGCUAAGCAGUAACGUCACAGUCAACGUGUACAUUCUGGAUCAGAACGACAACACUCCAGUGAUAUUAUAUCCAGUCAGCGCUAACGGUUCCGCUGAAGGUGUGGAGGAGAUUCCCCGCAAUGUGAACGCAGGCCAUUUGGUGACUAAAGUGAGAGCCUAUGACGCUGAUAUAGGAUAUAACGGCUGGUUAUUAUUUUCACUGCAGGAAGUUACUGACCACAGUCUCUUUGCUUUGGACCGCUAUACGGGACAGAUAAGGACACUUCGGUCAUUCACAGAGACAGACGAGGCUGAGCAUAAACUGGUCAUACUGGUAAAAGACAAUGGGAACGUUUCACUGUCAGCAACAGCUACUGUGAUUAUCAAGGUUGUGGAGCCCAAAGAGGCUUUUGCAGCUUCUGAUGUUAAAAGUUCAGUAAAAGACGAAGAGGAGAACAGCGUUACAUUUUAUUUGAUCAUUACUUUGGGUUCAGUUUCAACGCUUUUUCUCAUCAGCAUCAUCGUGUUGAUUGUAAUGCAGUGCUCCAAAACCACAGACUAUUCCUCCAAGUAUUUACAAGAUGUGAAUAACGACGGGACACUGUGCCACAGCAUCCAGUACAGAUCCGGAGACAAUCGGUACAUGUUAGUUGGACCCAGAAUGAGUAUAGGUUCUACUAUUGUCCCGGGCAGCAAUGGAAAUACUCUAGUGAUACCUGAAAACAGGAGCAGAGCUUCUGGAGAGGUAAGAACUAUACGUUUAGUUACUGCAUAGCUCUUCUGUUUGUAA